AUGCCGGGGCCAAUGAUGGAUCAUAUCCGGCCCGGGGCACCAAACACAAGGUCUAUCCGAGAGGUGACAGGCUAUGUGCUGGUAGCUCUGAACCAGUUUGACUCCCUGCCCCUGGAGAACCUUCGCAUCGUGCGGGGCACCAAGCUUUACGAGGGACGCUACGCCCUGGCCAUCUUCCUCAACUACCGCCGCGACGGCUUCUACGGCCUCAGACAGCUGGGCCUUCGCAACCUCACAGAGAUCCUGAACGGAGGGGUUUAUGUUGACCAGAACAAGUUCCUGUGCCACGCCGACACCAUCCACUGGAGGGACAUCAUCAAGAACCCCCAAGCUGAGCUCUUGGUGGUACCAUCCAACAACAGUGGCCUUGGAUGCAAACGAUGUCAUCGCUCUUGUAACGGACGCUGCUGGGGGCAUCAGGACAACCAGUGCCAAAGCUUGACCAAGACUGUGUGUGCUGAGCAGUGUGACGGCCGUUGCUUCGGCCCCUACGUCAGUAACUGCUGCCACAGGGAGUGUGCUGGGGGCUGCUCGGGACCCAAGGACACAGACUGCUUCGCCUGCACCAACUUCAACGACAGCGGGGCGUGCGUGACCCAGUGCCCCCAGCCCUUUGUGUACAACCCCACCACCUUCCAGCUGGAAUCCAACCCACGGGCCAAGUACACCUAUGGAUCCUUCUGUGUGGAGAAGUGUCCCCAUAACUUUGUGGUGGACCACAGCUCCUGUGUGAGGGCUUGUCCCAGCAACAAGAUGGAAGUAGAGGAGAACCGCAUCAAGAUGUGCAUCCCCUGCACUGAUAUCUGUCCCAAAGUGUGUGACGGCAUAGGGACUGGCAGCCUGCAGACAGCCCAGACGGUGGAUGCCAGCAACAUAGAGAUGUUUGUCAACUGCACCAAGAUCAACGGCAACCUCAUCUUCCUCAUCACCGGCAAUCAAAGG